CAACCAAAAGGAUUGCUGCUGGGCCAAGUUGGCAGCUUCUGGUGUCGACAUAAAACCCAUCAUCAAUGGAAUAAAACCACAACACAUUAGAAGGACAUGUUGUUGCUGGCAGGACUAAAACAAAAACAACAAUAACAGAAAAACACUAACACAGACACGUUUGCCAAUAAAAAAAAGCCGUUCAUUGAUGCCAUAAAACAGGUCUACAUUAAAACAAAAACAAAGUCAAAGAACCACACCCCCCACCCCUCUACACCUCGUGAAGCAUAAGUCUCUCAGUAAUCAUUCAAAACAUUCGUCAGGAAAAGAAAAAAAUAUUGGCUCAUCCUUUUUUUUUGGGGGGGAGAAAGAAUUAUUACAUCCUGCGGAAGGUGGUGGCCGCCAAUGUUAAAUGGCUUAUGUGUGUUAGCCCCUACACACAAAAGGAAAAGCAAGAAAACCCACAAACAACAACAACCACAACACCAUUAUCGUCUUUGUCGUCAUCAGCAUUUUUCGAAAACAUGUUUCCGUUAACUUUUAUUGGCAACCCGUUACCGGCCUAUAUGAUGUCUUCGCCAUCGCUGUCAGCAAUCGAUGUUAUUUCACCCACUGCGGCGGCGGCCAUAGCUCUCGGAGCCGUCUCGACAACCACCACAACGACAACAACAACAGCCAACGGCAUCAGCAGCAGCAGUAGUGGCAUAAAUCGCAAUGGUAUCCCCUCCACCAACUCCCUGGCCGACAAUGUUACCCGCAUCGCCCUGCUAGGCAAUGAUGGCUUUGCCAAUGACUCUGCCAAUGGCUUUGUGCCCUCCAUCCAGCGUCCCGAAACGGUUUUCGUUGCCAUACUUUUUACGCUCAUCUUCAUUGUUGGUGUUUUGGGAAAUGGCACAUUAGUGAUAAUAUUCUUUCGUCAUCGUUCGAUGCGCAACAUUCCAAAUACUUACAUUCUCUCUUUGGCCUUGGCCGAUCUCUUAGUUAUAAUCGUUUGCGUUCCACUGGCCAUUCUCGUUUACACCCAGGACAGUUGGACAUUUGGCAAGAGUAUGUGUCAGAUAACGGAAUUCUUCAAGGAUGUAUCGAUUGGUGUGUCCGUGUUCACGCUGACAGCCUUGUCGGGUGAGAGAUAUUGUGCCAUUGUCAAUCCAUUGCGUAAAUUGCAGACAAAACCCCUGACAGUCAUUACGGCCACAAUGAUCUGGCUUUUGGCCAUUAUCUUUGCCACCCCCUCGCUGGUGAUGUCUAGUCUGCAGUACAUCGACAUCAGCACAAAUUUGACAAUAAUUGUCUGUUCGCCGUUUGGGGAGGAACGCAAGAACCUGGAAGUCUACACAAGAUAUGUGGUGGUGACAAAGGCCUUUGUCUACUACAUUCUGCCACUGUUCAUAAUUGGAGUUCUGUAUCUGAUGAUGGCACAGCGUUUGCAUGUCAGCGCCCGUGAAAUGCCCGGCGAAACCUUGAGCAUGCAAAGUCGUUCCCAGGUUCGGGCACGACGCUAUGUGGCCCGCAUGGUAGUGGCAUUUGUGGUGGUGUUUUUUAUUUGUUUCUUUCCCUAUCAUUUGUUUGAAUUAUGGUUCCACUUGAAUCCAACCAGCCGAGAGGAUUUCGAUGAUUUCUGGCAUACCAUUCGGAUUAUUGGCUUCUGCACGUACUUCCUCAAUUCCUGUGUCAAUCCGGUGGCAUUGUACUGCGUAUCUGGAGCAUUUCGGGCCCAUUUCAAUCAAUACCUGUGCUGUUGGUGUGUCAAGCGACAGACACGCAUACGUCAGCAUUCCACCGCCACUGGGAUGAUGGACACCAGCAUUGUGAAUAUGUCGAUGCGUUCCACCAACAACUACAAUCGGGCCUCGGUACAUUUGAAUAAUACCAAUUCGUGUGCGGUGAAUGGCUCCAAUGGCCAGCAUGGGGGACGUUUGGCCAGUAACAGCUAUCGAAGGCAGGCAUCGAUGCAUCAUCAUCAUCAGCAGCAGCAACAGCAACACAACAAUGCCGAGGCACGAUUGUCGGCCACACCACCAACUGCUUUGGUCCAGAGUGGGGUGAUACUGAGCGGUGACAAAAGGUGAGGCACCAUGACUGUGGUCCUACAGACCGAUACCGAACUCUAAACUGUUACAAAAACAACAACCAACAACUAUUUUUGUCAAAUUUUGUCCUUUGUGUCCAACAACAAAAACAACACACAACGUCAUUAAGGCCAGAUUGGAAAGGAAGAAGGCAAAAAAAAAAAAGAGAACCUAAAAUGAACACUAAGUGUUGUGCGGUCUUUGUUAUUAUUAUUGUACAGAGAGAAAUAAACAAAACGAAGCAGAAUUGAAUUUGCAAAAUAAAAUAAAAAUAAAUGAGCUCUGAGUUGAUGACAGCCCAUGCUCCAUGGCGUCCAUCAAAAUUCCAUUUUUAUAUCAAAAACCAAAGAAAAAAAGAAAAUAUUUUUUUGGGAACAUUCCCGGGGGACUUGGAUGAUCCCCGUAACAUGAUAACCAACAGUAUUACAUAUUUAAGUAUUUGUAUUUGUAUUUAUAUUUGUUUUUAUUUGUUGUUGUAUAUCUUUCUGUUAUUAGUGGAAAAUGAAGAGAAGUAACUUCAAGUAUUCUAAUUCAAGAUAAUUGUACAGUAUCAAAAAAAAGAGAGAGAGAGAAGAAGGAGGAAAAUUAAAAAAACAAAAUAUGAAAAUAUGAAGUAAGGGAAGGGAAAGGGAAAAAAGGAGAAGAUUGCCUUGUUUACCCUGACCAGACUGUUGUAUGUAUGUAUGUAUGUAUGUAUGUGUAAAUAAUGACACUCUUGGUGAUGACAGUGAUUUUUAUGUUGCCUCCCUUCCUCCCUCCCUUCAACCCACCUUGGUGUCAUAUUUCCUGUAUUUGGUUUUUUUUUUUUUAUUAUUCGAAAACUUAUCUCAAAGACUUUGUUGUAAAAAGUUGUACCAUUAUUUCCCUGUUUUUUCUUUUUGUUGUAAAGAUAAAUUAAAAGUAUUUUCAAUGUUUACACUCCACGCCCCAGACAUACACAAUUAUAUACAUUUAUAAACAGGAAAAUUAUGUUAAGUGUAAUAAAGAUGAAGCGGAUGAAGAAGGAGACGAAAAAAACACUACACAAAUCUUAAAGAUAUUUCUGUAAUAUUUUAAAUAUUUGUCUUGUAUCUCAUAUUUAAUGUGUAAAUUUAA